AGCCACAAGAAAUUACAAAGGAUACAAUAGAUCUUCUAGAUUAUUAUCUAGAAGAGUUAACAGAAAUAGAACAAUACAUUUGCUUUGAUGAAAAUAUUACUGCCAGCAAAGACAACGAAAAUGAGGAAGUGCUGACUGACCAAAUUAAUAUUAACUUUGAAGAAUGUGAUAAUAGCAUGCAGGUCAAUGUAAGUAAUGAAAUUGUAGUGGCUUCAGAAGAUAUACCAAAAGAUACUGCAUUUGACUCUUGGACAGAGAUUGAAGUUUUUUUUGAGGAAUAUGGAAGACAAAAUGGAUUUAUAGUGAUUAAAUAUUGUAUAAGGAAAGAUAAAGGUGGUCUGAUUCAUAAACAGACUUUUAUAUGUGAGUUUGGAGAGAAAUACAGUCCUAAUAAAAGUAAAACUGCUGCUCAAAAAAGUAAGCCAAAAAACACUAAAUCAAAAAAG